AUGGCUUCAUUUGAGCAAGAGCAAGAUUUAUUGUUUCACACUUGUGCAAAUAAUAAUCAACUCUUAGUUGAGUUGGAGGAGGGUGACGAGGCUGAAUCAAGACACAUAGGAGCGGUUCCUGGCCAUAUCAUUAUCAAUCGGAAUCGAGAAGAAGCUGGAUACAAUCUUUACAUAGAUUACUUUGUUGAGGUGCCGCGCUAUCCUGAAGCCAAAUUUCGCAGAAGAUUUCGAAUGCGCAGAAGCUUGUUUCAUCGGAUUGCAGAUGCCGUCAAAGACCACGAUAUUUUCUUUAUGCAAUGCCGCAAUGGUCUUGGUAAGCUCGGAUUAUCCACCCUGCAAAAAGUUACAGCUGCUUUUCUAAUGCUUGCAUAUGGUGUACCAACUGAUUCUCUUGAUGAGUAUUUAAAAAUUGGUGAGUCUACUGCAAUUCAAUGUUUGAAAAGGUUUUGUCGAGCUGUUAUAGAGGUCUUCAGAUCUCGCUAUUUAAGAACACCUAAUGCAGAGGAUGUUGCAAGGCUUCUGUAUAUAGGUGAAGAACGUGGGUUCCCUGCAUAAGGUAAUUUUCCUCCUGUUAACUAUACAAUUCUAGAUAAAGAGUAUGACACUGGUUAUUAUUUGGCUGAUGACAUAUAUCUGAAGUGGUCUAUAUUGGUGCAAACUAUACAUGAGCCUCAAGGUCCAAAAAAAGUAUUGUUUGCCCAAAAACAAGAGUCAUGUCGGAAGGACGUUGAACGAGCAUUUAGAGUUCUUCAAGCACGUUGGGCAAUUGUGAAAGGACCAGCACGUUUUUAGGAUAAACAUGUUUUACAUGAUAUAAUGAUUACAUGCAUCAUAAUGCAUAACAUGAUAAUCGAAGAUGAGCGUAAUCUAAGUGCUUCGAUUAGAGAAUUUAACCGGACCCCUCCAUUGCAUAUUGAGUUGGUAACUGAUGAGUCUACACGGUUUGAAAAUUUCCUUGCUCAACAUAGAAAAAUUAAAGACAAGACAGAUCAUAUUGCACUUUGGAACACGUUGAUUGAGCAUUUGUGGAAUUGA